AUGUUGGGCCUCGGCGCAUAUGAAAGCAGUGACGAAGAGCCUGAGCAGCGCCAGGCUUCGCCCAAGCAACCGGAGCCUGUGACGGCAACAAUCCCAGUUCAUGAACCAGAGCCUAAAGAUACGCGACCCAUCCCAGAGCCUACCGGACCUGUCCUCGGACCAUCGCAUAACGAUCCCCAACCUUCAAAACCAGCCCCAGCCCGGGAUUCUUCUCCUUUCUCGACAUCUCGCGCGUUAAUACAGGAUUUGACUCUCCCUCCAGUCCCGAACCUAGACAUUCCACCCUCGCCACCGGGCUCGCCCAACCCAGCGGCAAAUGCCAAGUUUGCCCACUUCCUAUCGCUUAAAAAGCAGAAUGUCCACUUCAAUGAGAAGCUAGCUAGCUCGUCGUCACUCCGAAAUCCCAGCUUGCUGCAGAAGCUCAUGGAGCAUGCGGAAAUUGACGAUCAGGCGCAAUAUUCCACGUCGCUGCCGCUUGAAGUGUGGGAUGUUACGAGGCUGCCCACAUGGGGAUAUAAGGAGGAAUUAUUGAAGGCCCAGAAGGAGCUUCAAUAUAAAACAGAAGAGCAGAAACUUGCUGGCCAAAGAGAUACGAUCGAUUUUGUGGCCGCUACGCCUGAUGCGACUCGGACAGAGUCCAAACCAGUUUCUAAGACGAGGCCAAAAUGA